AUGCAUCCCGGACAGAGCCCAUGUUCCGUCGGCAUUCAUUGUGACCCUGACCGGAUGUGCCCAGUCGUGAAUGGGGUCGCCGAGUUGUUUCUCCGUCUCCAGGUCCCAAAUGAGCGUCUCCCUCCGCGACGCCCACAUGGCUCGUCUCCCGUCCUCACUCAUUGCCACGCUGUACACCAAAAGGCGUGUGCCCACGCAUCGUUGGCCCAAUCUGCGACCCCGUCUGCGCAUCCCACAGUGUCAUCAGGAAUAGAGACCACUGUGCUUACACAGUGGCCCUGUAAUGCUAUGUGA